AGGAAGGCUGGGACCCGGAGCAAGGCUGCGGCCACCAAGCAGGCCCAACGAGGCUCUUCCAAUGUCUUCUCAAUGUUCGAACAAGCCCAGAUCCAGGAAUUCAAAGAAGCCUUCAGCUGCAUCGACCAGAACCGGGAUGGUAUCAUCUGUAAGUCAGACCUGAAGGAGACCUAUUCCCAGCUAGGCAGAGUGAAUGUCCCAGAGGAGGAACUGGACGCCAUGCUGCAGGAAGGGAAAGGCCCCAUCAACUUCACCGUCUUCCUUACACUCUUCGGGGAGAAACUCAAUGGGACAGACCCUGAGGAAGCCAUCCUGAGUGCCUUCCGCAUGUUUGACCCCAGCGGCCAAGGGGUGGUAAACAAGGAUGAGUUCAAGCAACUCCUCCUGACCCAGGCAGACAAGUUCUCUCCAGCUGAGGUGGAGCAGCUGUUUGCCCUGACACCCAUGGACCUGGCAGGCAACAUCGACUACAAGUCUCUGUGCUAUAUCAUCACCCACGGGGAUGAGAAAGAAGAGUAGAGACAGGCUGGGGUCAUCUCAAUAAACUCUGUUGCUGAAUU